UCCGUGUUCGUUUAGAGAAAGGACUUCCUCUCACCGCCGCCGCGGGAGACCUCUUUCUUCCUUCCAAUUUUUCUUUCUCCAACCGGAAUAAAUAGAGGUUUGAUAUUAGCAGUUCCUUUCACUUGCUUCUGUUUUAGGGAAAAACAGAACACAGUAAAGUCCAAGUUCUUUAUCCUGCAAAUCACACGCCUCCAACCUGUCACUGGCGACAAGUUUCUUCUUACGAGAUGUCUUCUUCUUCUGCAGGAGAGGAUAAAAGUUGCGACCUUUGAACAAGGGGCAAUGCGAAAUCGCGCUUAUUGUAGAUGAGGGUGGGCUUUCCCUUCUUUCGUCCCGAAAGUGUUCGGUCUUAAGGGCUAAGGCCGUUAAAGAACCUGGCAGUGGCUGCGGUUCAUGUGUACAAUGUUAAUCCGAUUCAAGUCGCUUCUCUCGGAGCUCUCGCAGACCCAUCAAGCAUCAGCUAGAACCAAGCAACUGCAUGCUUAUAUAACUAGAGCCCACCUCUUCCUCGAUCCCUUUUUCGCCACAAAAAUUGUGAGGCUCUACGCAGGGAAUGGCGACCUUCAGUCUGCUCGCCACCUGUUUGACAAAAGUCCGCAGCGAAGCGUGUUCCUCUGGAACUCCAUGAUUCGAGCGUAUGCUCAAGCCCAUAAGUUUGAGGAUGCGUUAUCGCUGUACAGAAAUAUGCUCCGAAAUGGCGGCACUCAACCUGACAAUUUUACUUACGCCUGCAUUCUGCGGGCAUUCCAUGAGAACUUCGACGAAGAUGGAUUGAGAAUUGUCCACGGAGAAGUCAUAGUUUCUGGGUUGGAAAUGGAUUCGGUUACUUGUAGCGCAUUGGUGACGGCUUAUUCAAAACUUGGUCUUGUUGGCGAGGCAAUUAAAGUGUUCUAUGGGAUGCUUGCACCGGAUUUGGUUUUGUGGAAUGUUAUGAUUUCCGGCUACUGCUAUGCGGGAUUCUGGAACAAAGGCCUGCAAUUGUUCCGUGAGAUGCGACAAAACGGAGAGCAGCCAGAUGGGUACACUUUCAUUGGGUUAAUCUCGGGAUUACUGGAUUCAAGCUUGUUAGGAAUUGGCCAAGGAAUCCAUGGUAUGUGCUUGAAAAGUGGUUUUGAUUGUCAUGCUCAUCUCAGCAGUGCACUGGUGACUAUGUACUCGAGAUUCAAGAUCAUGAAUUCGGCUUAUGCUGUGUUUACCAACUUGUAUCAGCCUGAUUUCAUAACAUGGUCCUCCUUGAUAACUGGCUAUGUCCAAUGUGGAGAUUAUGAAAAAGCGCUGACUCAUUGCAGGAAUCUGAAUGCACAAGGGAAGAAGCUAGAUCCCAUCUUGAUCGCUAGUUUACUUGUAGCUGCUGCACGCUCAGCAAAUAUCCUAGCUGGCACUCAAAUACAUGGUUAUGUUGUUCGACAUGGUCUUCAAUCGGAUGUCAUGGUCUCUUCAUCCCUUAUAGAUAUGUAUUCGAAGUGUGGGUUUCUAACACUGGGCAUUCAGCUCUUCCGGAGUAUAAGCAACCGCAGUAUUACUUCUUACAACACUGUAAUUUCAUGUUACGGGUUGCAUGGACUUGCCUCACAGGCUUUCAAACUAUUUGAAGAAAUACUGAAGAACGGUCUACAACCUGAUGAGUCCACAUUCUCUGCUCUACUUUGUGCGUGUUGUCAUGCUGGCCUUGUUACCCAUGGCCGAGAAAUUUUCAAGACGAUGCAAGAUGAGUUUAGCAUUCAACCAAGAACUGAGCACUGCGUUCACUAUGUAAAGAUUCUGGGAAUGGCAGGUUACUUGGAUGAGGCAUACAAUUUUAUCUGGUCACUUGGGCAACCCGUGGUGGAUUCAGGUAUUUGGGGAGCACUCUUAUCAUGCUGCGAUGCUAAUGGAGAUUCAGAGUUGGCAGAGGUUGUUGCCCAGCAUCUACUCGGUAAUGAGCCUAGAAAUGGUGCUUACAGAGUCAUGCUGUCCAACGUGUAUGCUAGUGAUGGAAAAUGGGAAGAUGUUAGGCAGUUAAGAGAUGGAAUGUCAAAUGCUGGAGUAAUUAAAAAUCCUGCCCUUAGCAUGGUGGCAGUUUAAGGCAGAUUAGAGAUGGUGUGUGGAAAAUUCAGGUAAUUACUCUUAAUUAUGCAUAAAAGUCUGAGCAACUGACAAGUAUGUGUUUCCCAAACAAUAUAUGUGCAGAGAGAACAUAAUACUUGAUAUUGUACUGGGUGAUUACCAUUGAAUCACUUAACAAAAGCAGUUCAUAUAU